GUAAAUUCUGUUUCUAAUUUUUUUUUUUCAAUUUUACUAUUUUGGUUUUGUUCAAUUUACAAAUUGUUUUCUUAGUGGAAUCACCAGCCUUAGCAAUAGCAAUUCCAUAGUAAUAGUACGAGCUGUUUCGCAACAUUAAUAGGCAAAAGCCGUAACUUCCAUUUAAUACUUUUUAAUAGUGCUCACUUCUUUGCAUAUUAAUCGAUUUGCAGACAGAAAAUAAUAUGGAUAGAGAUACUUUGCUUGGAUCUUUACAAGGCACCUUAGAUGCCAGUCAACAAGUGAGAAAACAGAGUGAACAACAACUUCAUGCAUUCGAAGAACAAGCUGGCUUCACUGCUUACUUACUUGAUUUGAUUGUUGAUAAUUCGGUACCAUUUGGGGUACAAAUUUCUGCAGCCAUUUUUUUCAAAAAUAGAAUUGUUAAUUAUUGGGUUUUACCAGAGAAUAAAGCUGCUUCUAAAUUGUUUAUUCAAAAUGAAGAAAAAAAUUUAAUUAAACAAAAAUUGAUUGAAACCUUAAUUAAGACUUAUUCUAAUUCUAAGUUGAAAUUAUCGUUAUCAACUGCUUUACAUAAUAUUCUUAGUUUUGAAAAAUGGGAUGAAUUAGUUCCAAUUACUAAAAAAUUAUUAUCUGAUACCUCAAAUAUCGAUCACGUUUAUACUGGGUUGGUUUGUGCUUACGAAUACACUAAAAAUUAUAGAUGGCACGGUUUAGAUACUAGUUCUGGUAAUAGUAAUCCAGUUUUGGAUGAUGUUGCUGAAAAUUUAUUCCCAAUUUUAGAAAGUUUAACUGAAAAUUUAUUAAAAUCUGAUGAUUCAAUUCCUGAUGAAAUGUUAUACUUAAUUGUGAAAAUUUUUAAAUUUACUACUUAUUCAGCUUUGCCAAAAUAUUUAUCUAAUGAUCCUUCUAAAUUAGGUGUCUGGUGUCAUUUACAGCUCAUCAUUAUAAAUAAACCUUUACCUCAAUCUGCUUUAGAUGAAGAACCUCAUUCUAGAGCUUCUCACCCAAGAAUUAAAACAGUUAAAUGGUGUUUUGGUAACUUACACAGAUUAUUGAAUCGUCAUGGUGGUGGUUUUUCCACUCAAAAUAAAGAUACCAACCAAUUUAGUCAUACUUUCUUAUCAAAUUUCGUUCCUGAAAUUUUAAAUGCUUAUUGGGGUAUCAUUGAAAGUUGGUCCAGUAAAAAAAUUUGGUUAUCAGAAGGUUCUUUAUAUCAUUUGAUCUCCUUCUUGGAACAAUUGAUUGAAUCUCAUGCUUGGAGCUUAAUUGAGGAUAAAUUAGACGCAAUUCUUAAACACGUUAUUUUACCAACUCUUAAUGCUAAUGAAGAAACCAUUGAAUUAUAUGAAGAUGAAACAGAAGAAUACGUUAGAAGAUAUUUGGAUAUGAGUAGAGAUGCUAACACUUCUGAUAUUGCUUCAAUCAACUUCGUUUACAGAUUAUCAUCUAAAAAAUUUGACUCUUCAAUUAAUUUGGUUUUAUCAAUUGUUAACGAUGUCUUUACUAGAAGAAAUUCAAAUAGAUCUGACCCACAAACCGCCAUGGAAGUUGAGGGUGCUUUCCGCGUCUUGUCAACAAUUUCUUAUAAGUUAGAUAAAAGCUCUUCUCCUGUUCUGGGAAGAGUUGACCAACUUUUAUACUCUUGUGUCUAUCCUGAAUUAUCAGAAGAUACCCUCACUAAAUUCCCAUAUUUAACUGCUCGUGCUUGUGAUACUUUGGCCAUGUUCAAUACUAAAUAUAGUGAUGAACAAAUUUUGCAACAAAUUUUCCAAGCAGUUGUUCAAUGUUUUCAACAAGAUGUUCAAUUCCCAGUGAAAUUAACAGCUAUUGAUGCCAUCAGAACCUUGGUUAACGAAGAUCUUGUCGCCGACCAUGUCGCUGAACAAGCCCCACAAUUAAUGGAAACCCUUUUGGAUAUGUCUAAAAAAAUUGAAAGUGAUAUGUUGUCUAGUGUUAUGGACAGUUUUGUUCAAAAAUUUGCUAAGAAUUUAGAACCUUAUGCAAAUCAAUUAUCUAGUAGAUUAGCUGAACAAUUUCUUGGUUUGGCAACUGAAUUAUUAAAUGCUUCUAGUAAUGAUGCUUCUUCAAUUGACACCACUAAAGAAUAUCAAGCUGCUGGUAUUCUUAACACUUUGGUUGAAUUAGUCAUUGCAACCAACUCAUCACCAGAUGUUUCCACUAGUAUUCAAUCUACAUUGAAACCAUUAGUUUUAUUUGUUUUAGAAAAUUCUAUGAUUUCAUUCAUUACUGAAGCACUUGAAAUUUUGGAAUCUUUGGUUUCUGCCACUCAACAAAUGAGUCCAGUUUUAUGGGAAUUAUAUCAAUCUGCAAUUGAUUCGUUUGAUACUUAUGCUUUUGAAUACUUUGAUAUUUUUGUUCCUUUCUUCGAAGGUGUUAUCAUAUAUGGAUUCAAAACUGAUAAUGUCACCAUUGAUACUCCUCAUGUUCAAAGCUUAUUCAAAGUCUGUUUCAGCAUUGUCAAUAAUGAAGAUUUGGAACCAGUUUUCGCCCAUUCUGCAUUUGAAUUAAUCGAAUUAUCUAUUUUGAGUAUGAAUUCAAGAUUUGCUUCAUUUUUACCAACUUUUCUCCCAAAUGUUUUCGAUACAUUCCAAAAUCUUGAAAGUAUUGAAGCCUUUGAUGGUCAUAUGUUACAUCAUUUAUCAAUUUUAAGAAUUUUAUUUGCUUGUUUAUACAUUGACCCAACCACUACAAUUCAAUUUUUGAAUGAAAAGAAUUUCACUAAUGGUUUUUUCAAGCUUUGGAUUCAACAUUCAAGUGACUUCCAAAGUGUUUAUGGUUGCAAAUUACAAAUUUUGGCUUCCUUAGCUAUAUUAUGUGACAUCAAUUUAAAUGUUUUCCCACAACAAGAUUUGAUUGGUGAAGUGACCGAUUUAUUAAUGUCUAACUUGGAAGUCUUACCUCUGGCCAUUAAAGCUAGAAUUGAAUUAUUAGCUGGUGAAACUAAUCCUAAAGUAUUUGAUCCUGAAGUUGAUGACGAUGAAUACGAUGCUGCAUUAUAUGAUGAUGAUUUUGAAGCAGAUGAAGCAGAAAUGGAAGCAUUAAAACGUACUCCUAUCGAUGAAAUCAAUGUUUUCGCUGUCUUUUGCUCUAAAGUAUCUUUAAUGCAACAAUCAGAUGCUAAUAGAUACCAAGUCUGUUUUGGUGGAUUAGAUGAUGAUCAAAAAGAACUCGCCCAAAGAAUUGCAGAAAUCGAUCAACAAAAAUAAUAAACAGGUUUUAUUGAAUUUGUAAUAUAGAACAAUAUUUAGCUACAUCAUAAUCACUUACUUCUCUCAUCUUGUUCUUGUUUCCAUAGAUUUUUAUAAGUUGUUUUGUCUAUAUGCCAUGUAGCUGUUAAAAAAAAA